AUGAGUACUCCCGGCGACUACAAUUACGGGGCUGUGAAUAAUCAGUGGUCGCCAGGUUUUCAGGGGCACGAAAGUUCACAGUGGGCUGCUCCAAGUACCAAUUCUUCUUCUUACUCCGGACAACCUGGAAAUCCGCAAUAUCUUCCUGGUGCCCCUGCAAGCUCAUAUCCAGGAUAUGUGAUGAACCCUGGUGUUCAUAACUUUGCACCAGUGAAUGUUCCCGACAAAAACGAGCAUGUUUUGCAAGAUCUGCAAAAAUUAUUCAGAUCGCCAGCUAACGCCGAUAUUCACCUGCGAAAAGCAAUCCUCCAACAAUAUAUAGAAAUCCUGACGAGCAAGAGAAUAACUGUCAGACACGAAAGAACAAGAGGCGGGGGCGAAGCACAAACUACUGAGAUCUACUACAAGCCGACCAAGAUGCCAUUGACCAGGCAGAAUUUCGCUCGAGGCGAUCCAAAAUUUGUUAUUUAUUUCAUCCACUCUAUUCUUCCGGGAAACCCAAAAGAUGCAAGCUCUUGUAGAUUCUCUGAUAGCCGAUUGUAUCAGUAUCCAGUUAAAACGGCGUUGUGUGGGGUUAAAUCUGGCUGGAAUCAGUUCAUGUCCCUUUCUGAAGAAGACAGAAUGAUAAUGGAAUGCACCGGCUGGAAUCAAAAUCAACUCUGGGCAGGAAUGGCAUCAGUUCAAACUUUACUGGAUCAAGAUUACACUUCGGGACUUGCUUGCAAAAUUAUCUGCAGAACUAUAAUAUUUUUGCUUCUCUGUAGAGUUCUGUUCUAUUUAAUCACUAAGAAAUAA